GAGAGCGCGGAAGGAAAGGCGAGGCUCUGUCCAAAGCCGGCGCGCUGGAGGGAGGGAAGCGGUGAAGCCCGCGUUACUUUCUCGAAGGCUUUGGCGUUGAGCACAGCAAACAAGGCGACUGGAAGACGAGCGGAGAAGACCAGCCCUCGGGGUGGGGGCGGGGAGGCGGUUCAGUGGGCCUCUGGAGUUUGUGUGUCUGUCAGUGCGCGCGCGCGCGCGCGCGUGUGUGUGUGUGUGUGUGUGUGUGCGCGUGUGUGUGCAUCUGGCGCCUGUCCAAGGUGAUUUCCCAUAAACCACAUGCCUCACAAGUCCGCUUAAAAGGCUGUGCCGAGGAGCUGGCCAGUGGAGCCCGGCUCGGGGAAAGUGAAAGUUUUCCAGGGGGCUCUCUGCGCCGCCGCGAGUCCCUCCUCACUCCUGGGACAGCAGCGCGGCCCUCGGCUGGGGCGUGGACUCUGCAGCGGCCAGCGAGCGAGCGAACGAGAGAGCGAGGGCGGCCGACGCGCCCGGCCGGGACCCAGCUGCCCGUAUGACCGCGCGGGGCGCCGCCGGGCGCUGCCCUCCCACGGGCGUGGGGGUUCCUGGGGAGUGUGAGAGCUGGGGAGAAAUUAUGCCCUCUCUGUCACAGACAUGGCUGGGCCGCCUGCUGCUGCUGGCCUGUCUCCUCGUGAACAGGAGUACUACCGAGGAGGUGUCGGAGAACUGUAGCCACAUGAUUGGGAACGGACACCUGCAGGUCCUGCAGAAGCUGAUUGACAGUCAGAUGGAGACCUCGUGCCAAAUUGCCUUCGAGUUUGUAGACCAGGAGCAGUUGAACGACCCCGUGUGCUACCUUAAGAAGGCCUUUCUCCUGGUGCAAGACAUAAUGGAGGACACCAUGCGCUUCAGAGACAACACCCCCAAUGCCGCUGUCAUUGUCCAGCUCCAGGAACUCUCUCUGCGGCUGAGGAGCUGCUUCACCAGGGACUAUGAAGGGCAGGACAAGGCCUGUGUCCGAACUUUCUAUGAGACGCCUCUCCAGUUGCUGGAGAAGAUCAAGAAUGUCUUUAAUGAAACAAAGAAUCUCCUUAAAAAGAACUGGAACAUUUUCAGCAAGAACUGCAACAAUAGCUUUGCUAAAUGCUCCAGCCAAGAUGUGGUGACCAAGCCUGAUUGCAACUGCCUGUACCCCAAAGCCACCCCUAGCAGUGACCCGGCCUCUGUCUCCCCUCAGCAGCCCCUCGCCCCCUCCAUGGCCCCUAUGGCUGGCUUGACCUGGGCUGACUCUGAGGGGACAGAGGGCAGCUCCCUCUUGCCCGGAGAGCAGGCCCUUCGCACAGUGGACCCGGGCAGUGCCAAACAGCGACCACCCAGGAGCACCUGCCAGAGCUUUGAGUCACCAGAGACCCCGGGCUUCGAGGGCCACCCCACUGGAGGUUCACCUCAGCCCCAGCCCUCUGUCGGAGCUCCUGUCACUGGGACGGAAGACAUUCUUGACUCUGUGCUGGGCACUAACUUGGACCUGGAAGAGGCCUCCGGAGAGGCUAGUGAGGGUCUUAUACCCCAAGGGGCAGAGCUUGCCUCCCGCAUGUUGUGGAGAGGCAGCGUCCAGGCAGAGACUGCCAGGACCAGCCGUCUCCUCUCAGCAUCUUCACCACUCUCUGGGUCAGGAAGGGGCUGGCAGCCUGCGGAUGUAACUAGCACACCACUGCCCAUGGUGGGCCCCGUGAGACCCACCGAGGCCUGGAGUCACACACCUGAGAAUGCAGACCAUUCAUCUGCCUCGCCCAGAGACCACCAGGAGCCAGGCUCUGCCGGGACCCCAGCACUGCACCCGCACGGCCUCAGCAGUCCCUCUGCCCCCUCUUCUCAGCCAAGGCUUCCCAGAAGCCAUUCCUGGGGCAACGUGCUGCCCCUUGGGGAGCUGGAAGGCAAGAGGAGCACCAGGGACCGGAGGAGCACCGCAGAGCUGGAAGGAGGACAAGCAAGUGAGGGGGCGGCCAAGCCCCCAGCCCGUCUUAACUCCGUUCCUUUGACUGACGCAGGCCAUGAGAGGCAACACAAGGACCCCUCCGACCCCCAGCUCCCCGGCUUUGUCUUCCGCCUGCUGGUGCCCAGCAUCAUCCUGGUCCUGCUGGCUGUCGGUGGCCUCCUGUUCUACAGGCGGAGGCGGCGGAGCCAUCGAGAGCCUCAGACAGUGGAUUCUCCCAUGGAACAACCGGAGGGCAGCCCCCUGACCCAGGAUGAGGACAGACAGGUGGACCUGCCAGUGUAGAGGGAAUUCUAAGCUGGGCGCGCAGGAUAGUCUCUCCAUGCGAGGAGACGUUAUGGGGAUAUCCACCACCACCCCUCCCCAGCCAUUCUCCUGGGAAUGUGGCCUGCCUACCAUGAGAGCUCCUGGACUCAGGAGAGCAAGACUGGACCAGAGCAGCGAGGCUGGGGCCCUCAGCCCUCGACCCUCAGACUCUGGACUGACUAAGAGAGGGCUGGAGGUGCCCCCCACGCUGCUAUUUAUCGGGGGCCCUGGAGGCUCCCAUCCGCUUGAGGAAGGCUGGGAAGCCCGGCUGAGGACCCUCUGCCCCUCAGGGGCUGUGUCCUCCUCCCAUCCCCCUCCAAGCCAACACCUGGGCCAGGGACCCAGAGGCCCGUGGGACAUGGGAGAGCAGGGUGGGCGCUGAGGAAUGGAAGAGCCCUUGUGCCCGAGGACCCGCCUGGUGCCAAGAUCCCAACACCGACAAGCAGGGACUCGUCUCCAGAGAGAGAAGCAUGAGAUUCGCAGGGCAGGACAGUGUCACUGGAUUUCCCGUAAAGGUGUGUAGCCCAAAAGACGGGAAGAGAAGGCUUCUGGGCCUGCUGGUCUGCACGGACAGCCCAGAGUGGGUCUGCACCCUCCACUUGCCUAACUGCCCUCUGCUGGUGGCCAGGCGGGGAGGGGAUGCCAGCCCUACCCUCAGGACCUGCCUGGCUUGGCUCGUGAUGCCAAGGGCAAGACCAAGCUCUGGCCUCGGUCGGCCCCAGCGUCCCCCCAGCCCUGCCGGAGCUUCUCCAGGAGGCCGCGCAGAGGCUCUCCUCAUGAAGGAAGCCAUUGCACUGUGAAUACUGAACCCGCCUGCUGAACAGCCUGCCCCAUCCAUCCCCGAGAGCAAACACCUAUCCGUCCUCCCACCCCUCCAGCCUCUCUCCCCAGCUUCCUGCACUGAGUGCCCGAGCUGGCCUCGCCCAUCGACUGAGGGAGCCCCUGAGCCCCGACCUUCUGCUGACCCGGCUCUGAAUCCCUGGGGUGGAUUAGGGUGGGAGAACUGCCCGGGCCACCAGCCAGAGCUGGUCUUCAGGCUGCGUUGUUCGCCCAGGUUUCUGCAUCUUGCACUUUGACAUUCCCGAGAGGGAAGUGACUAGUGGGAGGGAGAAAAGGAGGGCAGGGACAAACACAGAGAGAGGCUGCAGGGUGAGCUCUGAUGGAAAAUAGGUCUUUGAAGUUAAGGGCAUGGCCCUGAGGUGGGGGAAGGGGUCUGCACCCCUGACCCCCCAGCCUGUGCUCUUGCCCUGUACCAGGCCCCUGCCCCAACCACAACCCCAAGGCUGCUGCUGGCUGGCACCUGGGGUGAGUGGUUGUCCCUGGUAGGAGCCCGGGAGGCAGUGACACCCUCCAGCUCUCAUCCCACCCCUCGCUAGCACCAUCUCUCUGACCAGGCAAGCCAGGGUGGGAGAGGGACUUGGAGAAUCCAGGCAUCUGCUUCCAAGUCUGCCUGAGGGCCUCAGCUUCCUGGGUCAGCCCAUGGCUGUGGCUCUGAGAGUUGGGCAGCAGGUGACAGGGCUGUUGAUUACCCUCGGUCCCUUUGUGCUACUGUGUCCCUCCUCUCCUGCUGCCCUGGGCCCUCCACUGAGAGACCCUGCCCUACUUGGCCACUGGACUGGGGCCUAGGAGCUUCCCUUCCUGCCCUUAAAAGUGAGGGUCCGCUGGUCCCUGCCUCCCCUGCCCUGUUGCUGUCAGCUGAGGGAAGGGCAGUGGAGAACUUUCCCCUUUGGGUCCCUUUUCCUAGUCACAGACUCUAUAUUUGAUACGAAAAAAUAUAUAUUUAAAAGUGGAAGGAAAAAAACCCCACAGAAAAAGCAUUCCUCCCUCACGCCCCACCCCUUAAACGUAUGGUGUUUUAAAGGUCGUGAAAGCAAGUCCAAUCCAUCACAGAAACUCUUUGUGGGCUCUUGGUGACACAGGAGUGGGAGGGGCCUCAGAGCCCCCUCUGGGCGGCUCCCCAGCUACCUGAACAGGAACCCUUCUUUUCUCUGAGAAAGCCGAGAGGGAACAUUGGCUCACGCACUGUGAGAUAUUGUUUUUAUACUUGGAAGUGGUGAAUUUUAUAUGAAGUCAUUUAAAUAUCUAUUUAAAAAAUAGGAAGCUGCUUAUAUAUUUAAUAAUAAAAGAAGUGCGCAAGCUGCCACGUGUGA